AAAAAGGAAAAAAAAAAAAAAAAAAAAAAAAAGGAACGAGACUUGUCACCUAACAAACCCACCGAACACCGGUCCAGCGGUCCUCCUCCUUCUUUCUCUCGGCUUUUCUUUUGCGAUAUAAGUUCUCUUUCUUCUCUCUAUCUCUGCAAGUGAAGUGUGAUUUGUUCUUUGCACUUCAAGUUUUCUCUCGCCCUUUGUAAUGGAGGCAACGCUAUUGAAAGCUUCUUCCCCUCCAUUAUUGCCUUCUCAUGUAUCGGACUUUCAGAGUACAAGUUGCUUCUUUGUUCCCAAAACAAGGGGAAAUCUUUCUACAUUAAGACCAUUCUCCACAAGCUUUGCAAAUAGACGCAUUUUAUCUGUAGAAGCAUCUGCCUCUUCUAUUGGGUUGGAGAAAAAGAAAAGGGUGGAUGAGAGUGAAAAUUUGACCCUCGAACAUAUAAGACGUUCCUUGAUUCGACAAGAGGAUAGCAUAAUAUUUAGCCUUUUAGAGAGGUCCCAAUAUUGUUACAAUGCUGAUACCUAUGAUCCUGAUGCUUUUUCCAUGGAUGGCUUCCAUGGUUCAUUGGUAGAGUACAUGCUCAGAGAAAUUGAAAAACUUCAUGCUCAGGUUGGCAGAUACAAGAGCCCUGAUGAACACCCUUUCUUCCCUGAUGACUUGCCGGAGCCAUUGUUGCCACCUCUGCAGUACCCACAGGUGCUGCAUCCUAUUGCUGACUCGAUUAAUAUAAAUAAGAAAGUAUGGGACCUAUACUUCAGAGAUGUGCUCCCAAGAUUGGUCAAGGAUGGGAAUGAUGGUAAUUGUGGAUCAACUGCUGUUUGUGACACAAUCUGCCUGCAGGUUCUCUCAAAAAGAAUUCAUUAUGGAAAAUUUGUAGCAGAAGCAAAAUUCCGAAACUCUCCAGAUGCAUAUAAAGCUGCUAUUAGAGCACAGGACAGAGAUAGAUUGAUGGAUUUGCUCACCUACAGCAAAGUUGAAGAGGCAAUAAAAAAGAGAGUGGAAAUGAAAGCCAUAACUUUUGGCCAAGAGGUGACAAUAUGUUUCGGAGAUGAGGAUACCGAUCCAGUAUACAAAAUAGAUCCUGGCUUGGUUGCGGAGUUGUAUGGGGAAUGGAUCAUGCCAUUGACAAAGGAAGUUCAAGUUGAAUAUUUAUUAAGAAGAUUGGAUUAAAACUUUGGCAUAGCUGAUUAUGCUUAUUAGAGCAUGUUUAUGUAUAACCUAUGAUCAAUUAAUACACGGUGUAUGUAAUUAGACGUGCAUGUAAAAUGGCAGAGAUGGAAAAUUACUAAACUUAUUAGACGGUGAACCAGAUCAGGUGAAGAUGAUGUAACCUAUAGAGUUUGAGAAAUUCUAUUCUCUCCAUCAGACCAAGCAAUGUAACCUGUAAUAUGUAUGAUGAUGCUUUGUGGCAAGUACCAUAUGUUCCAUAAAUAUAAUAACUACUUCCAUUGUUGGGUUUGUAGACUUAAAAGAAACGGUUCUCUGGCUUUGCAAUGGAUUUUUAUCAGAGAA